UCGGGCGUUAUAUCCUUCGGCUCGAAGUACACCAAUUUUGUGAGUGUUCCUCCAAUGUCCAUGCCAAACCAUGGCAUCGCUGUAAUAAAAGAAAGCACAUAAAUUUCGUAUUCUUGCUUGCCGUUAAAUAAUGGAUAAAAAUGCAGCUGGAAACAAUAAAACAGUGAACACUCAAAUUUAACAUGAUUAAUCGAUGAAUGUGCGCAAUUCCGAUAAAUUCGUUUGGUCACAUUUGCGAAAUAAAUAAAUAAGCAAAAUCAAGUGAAAACAAAACGCUAAACAAAUAUUUUUAAUUAUGUCGUGAAUUAUUUAAAUAAAUUUGAUUGUAAUUAUUCCUAUUAUAAUAUUGGAUGUCCGCCAGCACUGCGACACUAAAGAAAAACACAUCUCGUUUCAUACUAUUUAAAUUGCGCAUUUUCUACUGGUUUUUGGAAAACUGAAACUAUGCAAACAAGUGAUAAAGAAAUGGAGAAAAAUAAUAAUCCUAGAAAAUUCGAGUUCCCACCUGUUUGGGAGGAGAACGGCAAAAUGAAGGAGUUACUCGCAGCUUUUCAUUCGCGUCAUAUAAGUCCCGGCAACUACGAUGCAAAGAUGAUAUUUUGGACUGAUCUAAUAAAAAGAUACUGCCAACAUUACGCCAAAGCAAAUUUCAGUCUGCGUGAACUGCAAUUGCAAUUCAUGCGAGGAGAGCAAAUCCCAGCCUGCCUCGACACGGUCAUAGCCGACAUGGCACAGCGAAAACAAAUUCGACUUCGGUCUGAAUACGAGUACGAUCCAGUAAAUUCGUGGAGCGGCUGGCUGGUGAAUAGUUUUGUGAAACGUCCACUAUCGCAAAGUUGGCUAAAACUAAAGCAUAGCAUUGUUGCUGAGGAUAUGGAAGCUCGAUCCCUCGUAGAAUGGAUCCAUGUCGAUGUGAUUCAGCAUCUUUGCAGUGAACUGGAGACGAAAGUAUUGCAGAAGAAUCGUGGAAAAUUGCUUCAUUUCGAGGGCUUCAAGUCCAUUUGUAAGAAUUGUGGCAUGGACAUUCACGAGAUUUGUUUGCCAUUGUGUUUAAUAACGCUGCAGGCUCGUAGACUUAUUGCCAUAGAAUUCAAGAUUGAGAGACAAACGAAAAGUAUACAUCUCAUCAAGAUACCAGCUAACGAUCAUGACAGUCCCAUUAUCAGUGAGACAGAUCAUGCAAUGCAUAAUCUGGAUAUGAUGCGUGUUGGAUUACUGAAACAGCUGGAGGAGCUAGAAGAGGAGAUUAAAGUGAAUGACACCAAAGCACGCCAAUAUGUAAAGGAAAACAAAAGACAAUUGGCCAAGACAUACCUUAGAAAAAGACGUCUGCUGGAAAAGAAUCAUGAGCGUCGCAGCAUUGCUCUGCAUAACAUUGAAACAUUACUCUCCAAUGUGGAUGAGGCACAAAACACUGGCGUUGUGCUUGAUGCUUACAAGAUUGGUUCCAAGACUUUGCAAAAUGUUCUUAAUGAAUCUGGUCUUAAAUACGAUAAUGUAGAUGAGGUGUUGGCCGAUGUGCGUGACACAAUAGAUCAGCAUAGAGAGGUGCAAGAUGUCUUGUCCAAUAGCAACGCAGACGGGGCCUUUGUGGAUGAGGAUGAUCUAGAGAAGGAACUGAAGGAACUAUUGGGCGAAAAAGAAGCUGUGCUUCCUAAUAUAUCUUUUAGUAAUAACAAUAAGCCUGAGAUAGUAAUUGAUGAUCCAGAAUUGCUUGCCAUGUUGGAUAAUUUGGAGGUAGCAGAUGAAACAAUUUCGCAUGCUAGUUUUAGGACAAAAGAGUCAGCAUAGAGUUUGUUAAAACAUAUAUUUAUAUUUUUGUGAGAUUAUGGUUGAAUUAAAAAUCUUGUAAUAUUUAUACCAAAACAAUGUUUGGUUUUGUGUUUACGUUUACGGUUUGGUUUUCAUAUUUAUAAUUGCUUUAUUCUAUAUCAUUUUGUACAAAAUGCAUUCUUAGAUUAUAAAUUGUUGCUUAAAAGCUAUGGCUAGACAAAUGUUUCCCUAA